AUGGCGGAGGCAGGCGGCGGCGAGGCUCGGCUCUCCCCGUCCUGGCGCCGGGACGAGCUGCGGCGGCUGCGGCGGCUGCGGCGGCGGUUCUCCUCCGACCCGCUGCUGGCCCGGCUGCCGCCCGGGCACGGGUCCCCCGCGGCCCGCCCGCCGGCGGUGCGGCGGGGGCGGACGCCGGAGGGAGAGCUGCUGCUCGGGGAGGCGGCGACACGCCGGGGACGCGCAGCGCUGCCCGAUACGUGUUCACACCUCUCCUUCUGGAAAAGAAUUGCGGGAAUUGUCAUCGCUGUUGCUGUGAUUUUACUCUUAAUAUGGAUUACCUUAAAUCCGCCUAAAUUGCCACAGCUGGAGCCAUGCCCUGAUGACUGGCUGUACUACAAGAAGAAGUGUUACUAUCAUUCAGGAGCCCUGGCAGAUUGGAAUUCCAGUCAGGAGUCCUGCUCUCACUACGGAGCUUCCCUUGCAGUGAUUGACAGCCACCAAGAGCUGAACUUCAUAAUGUAUCGAAUACGCAUAACGGACUUCUGGAUUGGGCUGCACAGGAAAGGAGACAAAUUCUUCUGGGUGAACGGAGAAUCAUUUGACACAAACUUAUUUCAUGUCAAUAUAACAAAUGACGGAGACUGCGUCUGUAUAGAUUCAUCCUUCAUCUCUACCAGAAGGUGCUCCUCACGGAGGAACUGGCUUUGCACCAUUGGUCAGUUUAAUCCCAAGACAAAUCUUUGACAGGGAGCAGCUGGCUGUGCAAAUACGGACUUUCUCCACGAGAAGCUGGAAUUCAGAAUACUGAAAGUCCUUGCUGCAGGAGGUCCAUGGGAGCAAAAGGUGCCACGGUGAUGAACAUAGCCAAACUUCUCCAGGAGAAGCAAUACAGGGAAUCAUAGUGACUCCAAGUGAAAGAGGUAAUUGUUUAAGAAGUGGCUGUACUGAGAGGAAAUGAUGAUUCAGUAGCCAGCCCUGGCAAAGAACAGAAGUUGCUUCUUGGUAAUACAGUUUCAUUGUUGAAACUGCUGAAGGACAUGGCAGUGGAUACUUUCCUUGAGAACUCUUCACAAUUGCAAAACAUAAUUUUUUAGGUCAGCUGAAAACAUUUUUACAAGGACAUGAAGGUCUUUUAAAAAUGUAAUUCAUAAUGAACCCAGUGAUUUUUAUUUUUUUUUUCCCUGUUUUCCGUGGAACUCAGUAAUUCUUUGUCUGAGAACUUUCAGUUUGUCUUUGUGGUAAGUCGGUGAGAUUUUUAUAGUGUAGUCUGACUUCCGUCCCUUUCUUCUUCCGUGGGGUUUUCAAAUGUGAUUGGUAUGUAAUGUCUAAAUAUGUAAAUGGGAGCUUUGUAAACCAGGAAGGCAGAUAAUGACUAGGUCUUCUAGUGAAUGGCACUGGUGUUACUGGGCAUAUUGAGUGGGAGAGGUUACAAAUAUUCUUCUCUAUCCCUCUGGACUGAUAUGGAAACACGACUGCUACUACCCAAAAUUUCCCUGAAUAUAUGGCUGCAACUGGAAAGCUCCCAGACUGAAUCAUGCACAACUGUUGUUUUGGGAGGGCUGAGGAAGUCAACUGGGUUUAGAAGAGGAGAGACGUGUACGUAGCGUGGAAACGGUUCUAGGGCAGCUUAAGGUGAGGUGCUGCGGUGUUUAUCUGUUUGACUGGGUGGGGGAAAAGCUUCUGUUGUCUCCAGCGUGGCUGUUUUAUCAACUGACUUGUGUGGGCAAGGAUAGUUUUAACAGUCCAUGGGACAGAUGCACUAGAGCUAAACAGCAUAGCGCCCUGGAUUAAUCUGUUUAAAAUCUUUGUAUAAUGCCCUGCAGAUGGGCUGUGGGGGCAUGGGAGGCUCACCUGGAAGGUCUGGGGUUGGUUCCUGCCUGAUCACUCUCAGAUUCAGCAGAUACCUGUACAAUGACUACUUCCAAAGAUACAUGAUUUACAAAGGGUGGUUACUGUCUUUAAAAAUGUGAACUAGAAGAGUGAACUUUUAAGCUAGGAAAAUGUUCUAGUCUGGAAACAGAAUACCAUGUUAAGCUCAGAGAAGCUCACAGGGAAGAUGAAGAGUCUGGCUUAUUGAUCUUCAAACAAAUGGGAAGAAGGAAUUGCAAAUUGCUAUAAGUGCACUUGGUAUUUAUCCAUAAGAUGUACUUCUUUGGAGAGAAAGAAAUAUGCGAAAGGAGAAGCUGGAACAGAGUAUUUAAUAUAUCUUUGUUCCCCACGGUCGUUCCUCAAGAAAGCACAAGAAUGGAAGGAGAAGAACCUUAUAAGGAACCGUGGACAGGGUUCAGAUUGCCCAGGUAGGGACCCAUUUCCCACCAUGUGUCAAAAGUCCAGUUGAAAGUGUCAGCGUGAAGUGCCAGACAGGGUGAGAAGUCCGUUUUGCUAUGUCUGUAAAUUGACUUAUAAAUACACCAAUAAAUACUUCUGGUUGCUCCCUGUGA